AUGAACAUUUCUGAUAACAAAAAGAAAGGAGCCAGCAAAACUAAAAAUGUUGAUGGUGGCAAAAAACCAAUUGAGCUGCAGCCACCACCAGCAUUCAUUGAACACAGACAGAAACUAUGGGACAAGUUGGUAAAGGAAAAACAAGAUUGGUUGGCAUCUCAGCAACCUUUUCCAAUCAAAAUUGUUUUACCGGACGGGUCUCAAAAAGAUGGGCAAGCUUGGAAAACUACCCCAUAUGAUAUUGCAGUUGGAAUCAGCCAAGGGCUAGCAGACAACACUGUAGUGGCCAAAGUAAAUGGUGAACUCUGGGACUUAGACCGACCUUUUGAGAAGGAUUCAUCUCUACAGCUGUUGAAAUUUGAAGAUCCAGAAGGUCAAUAUGUAUUUUGGCAUUCUAGUGCACACAUGCUGGGGGAAGCAAUGGAGCGCAAUACUGGCGGCCACCUUUGCUACGGCCCUCCGAUUGAAGACGGCUUUUAUUAUGACAUGUGGUGUCAAGAACCCAUCUCAAGCUCUGUUUUCCCAGAUUUGGAAACAAUAGUCAAAAAUAUAGCCAAGGAAAAACAACCAUUCGAGAGACUGGAGAUGACUAAGGAGGAUCUCCUGAAGAUGUUUGAGUACAAUGAGUUCAAGAAGAGAAUAAUCAAUGAAAAAGUUACCACUCCAACGACCACCGUUUACAGGUGUGGUACACUUAUUGACCUUUGUCGGGGCCCACAUGUACGCCACACCGGGAAAGUUAAAGCUUUAGCUGUGACAAAGAAUUCCUCAACUUAUUGGGAAGGAAAUUCAGAGGCAGAAAGUUUGCAAAGGCUGUAUGGUAUAUCAUUUCCAGAACCUAAACAGCUGAAAGAGUGGAAGCACUUGCAAGAAGAGGCAGCAAAAAGAGACCAUCGCAAAAUUGGAAAAGAACAAGAUCUGUUCUUCUUUCAUGAACUGAGUCCUGGAAGCUGUUUUUUCUUGCCAAGAGGCGCUCAUAUCUAUAAUACUCUGAUUGACUUCAUACGGACUGUAUACUGGGAGAGAGGUUUUACUGAAGUUGUCUCUCCAAACAUUUACAACAGCAAGUUGUGGGAGAUAUCUGGCCACUGGCAACAUUAUGCAGAAAAUAUGUUCUCGUUUGACUGUGAAAAGGAAACAUAUGCUCUGAAGCCAAUGAAUUGUCCUGGUCAUUGCUUGAUGUUUGAUCAUGGUGCUAGAUCUUGGAGGGAGUUGCCUCUAAGACUAGCUGACUUUGGAGUGUUGCACCGCAAUGAACUGUCAGGAGCCCUGUCUGGUCUAACACGUGUGAGAAGAUUCCAACAAGAUGAUGCCCACAUCUUCUGCCGAAAGGAUCAGAUCAAGGAUGAAAUCAACAGCUGUUUGGAUUUCUUGAAGUUUGUCUAUGGGACUUUUAACUUCACAUUCAACCUCAAGUUGUCCACCAGACCUGAGAAGUUUCUGGGAGACAAAGCUGUGUGGGAUCAGGCUGAGAAGCAACUGGAAGAGAGCUUGAACAAUUUUGGCCACAAGUGGGAAUUAAACCCAGGAGAUGGUGCUUUCUAUGGACCAAAGAUAGAUAUUACUAUCAGUGAUGCUUUGAAAAGGAGCCAUCAGUGUGCCACCAUUCAGCUGGACUUCCAACUGCCAGAAAGAUUCAACUUGUCUUACAUAAAUGAACAUCAGGAAAAGGAGAGACCUGUCAUCAUUCACCGUGCAGUGUUGGGCUCAGUUGAGAGGAUGAUCGCCAUUCUGUGUGAGAACUUUGGAGGGAAAUGGCCUUUUUGGCUGUCACCAAGACAGUCAAUUGUGAUUACUGUAGCACCAGCUUUUGAUGAUUAUGCCCAAGAA